AUGGAGGGAGGUGGAGGAGGCGUUUCCGAGGAGGUGCCCGCUGUUGAAUUAACCAAUGACAGAAGAGAUGAUAGUUACCUUGGUUACCAAUUUUGUCAACCCAUACACUGUGCAGAGAGAGCGGGUAGCACCAGGUUUUUGAAGGUUGCAUGGAAAAAGAACAGUACAGCAAUGAGUGGAAGGGAUGUGCAAACGUUCGUAACAACCUACAGAGCAGAAGAUGUAGAAAAACUGACACUGCGAAUGAAAAAUGGUCUUGGCAGCUCAAAGUACAAACCGGUGGAAUAUAAAAGACUGCAAGCCAUUGUUGAUGUCAAACGCCUGGAGUCUGAACUAAUUCGACAAAAGGUUCAGAAGACUCGCUGUGCAGCCAAGGCAACCAAGGAGAGCUCCAUAUUACGGCAGCAUAGACAGGUGUGGAGCAGAGAGUGCCCUGGGCUGCAAAAGGCUGAGGAGGAGGCUGAGAAUGACAUCCAUGUUUUUCUAGAGCAGAUCAGGCCAAACGAUCUAACAGAUACUGCCAUUUUCUCACUUCACGAAUAUGAGCUGUGUCUUGAGAGGGCGCGAGAGGAUUUCAGAAUAGCCACCGUGGAGCCUAUUUAUCAGCUCAGGGAUGACCUGUGCUUCAGAUUGCAUGAAAUACAACUUCAGCAGCUUUCGGCACAUCCAUCAAACUGGGAACAAGUAAAACAACAGAUUAAGUUUGUGAAAGACCAGCAAGAUGACAUAAUGACAAAACUUCAUGUGGAGCAUCUGGACUUGGAGAAGGAGAUUAUGGGCCUUGGUUUGGAGAAAUAUCUUAAUAGUACUUCAGAUAAUUUGGUGAACACAGAAAAAAUUCCAAAGGAGGUUUUGGAUGCGGACUGCCCUUAUCCAGAGCUGCAGGACUGUCUGAUCCAGGCCUUCCACUCCCUGUCAAAGAGGUAUCAGAGCAGGUUACAGAGUCUUCAAGAGCUACUACAAAGAACUGACAGAUACUGCGGUUGGCCUCUAGAUGACCAUCAGCACUUUCAAUACACAUUGUCUAAAUACAGUCAUGACAUACCCAACCACAGAGCACUCUGUAUGGACAUGCUGUUGAGACUUUUCCCUGAAAAAUCAAGACAAGACCUGAUGGAGCACGAACGUGUGUGGGACUUGCAGUGUUUCACUCAGGCACAGCUGAGAGUAAUGACCCAGCAGUGGCAGAGAGACCAGGAGGAACUGCUGGUCAGAGCCCUGGUCACGCUGCAGGAGGCAAAACAUGCCCACCAGGAGGAGCUGGAGCUCCACAGAGGUCGCCAACACCAGCAGGACAUCUGCUUGCAUCUCAGAGAGAAACUGCAGCGGUGGCGGGCCCAGCAGGAGGAGGUGGCUAAGCUGGAGGCGGCUAUUGCAGCUCGACAACAAGAGGAGGAAGAGGCCCGGUUUAAGAGGGAGCAGGAGAAGGAGGCUGCCGUCAGGUCGCAGCAGAAAGAAAAAGUCAGACAGUUUCAUUCAAAGCAGCAGAAGAGGAGGGAGGUGCUGGAGCAGAGGGAUCAAGAGAGACUUGCUAAUCUGAGAAGCGUCAUGGAAGAGCAGGCAAAGCGAGAUAAACAGAGGGUGCAGUUUCGGGCUGAUAUGUUGCAGCGGCGGAGGAUGGAAAAAGAGGCGAGGGAGCUUGAGCGGCAGAGAGAAGCACAAAAGAGACAGAAUCGUCUGGAAGUUCUCAGAAACCAGGUUAUGGUGUCGGCAAAGGCAGACCCAGAGAGGAUGAUGGCGGAUACAGAGGCUUGGAGGAGUCGACACUUGAAUGUAAAGGAGUCUGAGCUCCAAAGGCCUCUCUACAGUAUUAACACGUACACAGACACACAGAUUGUGUCUGAUCCCAGAGUGCGGGUGGAGCAGGCUCUGAGGGAGGUGGGUCUGCACCACAGCCAAUAUGCCAAAGAGGUUCUUUCUGUUAUCAAGCCCACCAAACCACCUCGACCAGACACAAAAUCAAUCCUUAAAUUCUGACUGAUGUUUUAUUCGAGUCAUGGUAUGACAUCCAGCCAAGCCUUUUUCUAGUAUUGAGCAUCAUAUGACAUGUGAAUAAUACAGCUGAUGUGUAAAAGUCAUUUACAGCAUCAUAUGACAUGUGAAUAAUACAGCUGAUGUGUAAAAGUCAUUUACAGCAUCAUAUGACAUGUGAAUAAUACAGCUGAUGUGUAAAAGUCAUUUACAGCAGUUGUGCUAUUUGCUACAAAGGUUGCUGUACUCACAAAGUACCUUUUUCAUUUACAGUAUUGACCACCAACUGACACGGUGCAAUUCUUUAUAUCGACUUUUAAUGUAGAUGUUAUCCUCCAUAGCUCCACAUGAGCAAUACAGGAUCAUACAACGUCUCUGAGGGAUGAUUAACAUGUACAUCCAACAAAAAAAAAUAAUAUCUAUAGACAAUUAUCAAUCUGCAGUUAUUUAUCAACAGCAUAUGUUAUGAAGUUUGCAUUUGCAUAAGCAAAAUUUCAAGGCAGAAGCAACUGAAUAUAAUUAUGUAUGUGUGAGUAUUUAUUAACACAUUUAAUGUGCAGAUUCCUUGCUUGUGGGUGUACUUUAUCUUCUUCUGUCAUUUCAAACUACUAAGGAAUCAUAAUGGCUUGAAAGCAUUUAUGAAGAAAAGCCUUUUAAAACUACAGGCUACUGACAGAUCGCAAAUCUCCUCUACUGCUAUUUUUUAUUCCAAAAAUUCAAACGUUAAGUGGGUUUCCUAAUCCUCCAAACAUCCCCUCAGGAUUUAGAGUAGUCUCUUUAUCUGUUAUAUCUGUGGUUACAGUUAAAAUGAUUAUUGUCUGCAGCUUUGACAGACAUAAACGUGAAAAUCAACAUACAGAACACAUUUUUUUGAAAAUAUAUGUUUUCUCACACAGAUAUCAAAGCAUUAAAUAUUACAACAUACAAUACAUACUUACAUAUAUGUAUAUAUAUAUAUGCAACAGGCUUCAUAUUUUAGCUUCAUCAAAUAAAUCACAAAAAGCUUAACUUUUAAAUAAGUAUCUAAUUCACAUAUCAACAUGUUAAGUACAGUGUACAUAUAUAUACAUAUCCACAUAUCAGUCCAAGCUAUAUACAGUUUUUAGAGUUCGUGGGGUUUCAGGCAGCCAGUCCAAGGCGUUUCUUGAUAAAAUGGGAAACCAGGACUUGAGGUCUCUGCUGGUACUCCACCAGAACAUCAUGAGGGGAGGUGAUCUGGUCUCCCUCAAAGCGGUUCAGCAGUGCAACACAGAUCACAGCCGCUAGGAGAAAACAGAGAUCAUCAGUUCUAAUUCCCUCAGUCGUCGUGUUGGACAUCAUCAGUCAAAGAAGAAGUCAUUAGAAACGAGACAAAGAAGAAUAACGAGCAAAAUACCUUUGAGGCCACAGACACGGCACAUAGCAGCAAAGACGGUGGACUCCAUUUCAAUAUUCCUCACUCCCGCCUCGUAAGCUUUCCUCAGAUACUCCAGUUUUUCCUCAUGAGAGAAGGAGCAGAGAGCGCCGUCAAGUCGGCCUUGACCUGUAAGGGCACAGGUCAGGAUUCAUCAGUAUGUGAUGAGUGGAGGUGACUUUAUGGGUGUAUUAUAUAUGUCAUUAAAAAAAACACUAUCAAGAUGCUGUACCUUCAUAGAAGUCAUGGGUGCACAUGGUCUUUCCAAUUACUGUUGGAAAGUUCUGAAGCUCUGAGGAGCACUGCAGAAGCUCGCCGGCCACUCCCUCGUCCAGCUCAGUGCUCCUGGUGAUGACUUUACCCAGAACCACCUGCUCGAACUGGGGACGGAACGAGUAGUCCACUGCUUUAUCUGUGAUCACGACUGUCCCUGGAGCCAGACCUACAGAUGACAGAAGACACACUUGUAUCAGAGGAGCACAUUAGUGGUGAAACUAUGCAGUUCACCACAUGUAAAGCUUUCUGUAGCCUUUAAAAUGAAAAUCUGUUCUUACCGACUCCACCGGAUGUUCCCAGGCGAAACAAGACCACAUCACGGCACUGGGCAUGGUGCAGCAGUUUGAUGAGCUCGUGCAGCAUAAUGGAGAUGGAGGGGACACCCAUGCCAUGCUGUGAUAUAUACAGUAGAUAAAAAUAUACUUUAAACGUCUGUGAAAUACCUAUUUCUUACAACAUUUGAAGAAGUCUGCAGGGAUUGUAUAUAUAAUCCAAUGUGAAUUAUGGAACACUUACACUUAUCGAGAGCACCGGCCCCACUUUGUACAUGCAGUAGCGAUCGGUUCCCUCACAGAUAUCUCUGACUUCUUCUGGGUUUCCAGGCAGCUUAAGCUCCUGGUGGAUGAACUGGGCGAAAGACUUCAUUCGAUUUGCACUGCCACCAACACACACAAACUAUGAGAAAAAAAACAGAGAAAAACAAAAGACUAUGGAAUUGUUUUCUAGCUUUUAGAAAAUGCCCCUUUCCUCAACCUGGAUUUAUUUCACAAACCUUAAUAUCUCCAAACAUUUCAGGGAGAUUGUGAGUUUUGGUGCUCAAACUGAAGUGGUAGAGAAUGUCCUCCUCCAUGGUGUCCAAAUAGGGAUUUUUCACUUGGACCUGUUGUCUAAGUGCAAAUUGUUUCAUUUUAAUACAUGAACAGAAGUGAAUCAUAAGUAUGGACUAAGUGUAUCUUCUAAGUAGACUUUUAAAUACAAUUAAAUAAAGUAUAUGUUGAACAAAAAUGAGAAAACUCAAUUUAAAAGCGUAACAUUCUCCAACACUUACUUGAUAUACUCUUGGUGGUCGCUCCCCGUACAGUUUAGAAGAAUCGGUGCCAUGACUGCAAGCGAUGCUUUGAAAUUUGGUUUAAAAAGUUUUCAAAAGUUGCUGCAAAAUCUCUCAAGUACUUAUUGCGUCUCUUUUUCAAAUAA